CGUCGUCGGGUCCACGGUUCCCAUGCGAAGCUGCGCUCAGUUCGAAUCGCGCAGCCGCCCCAGAAGCUCCGGUGCGCGGUUGAUCGAAAUACGAAAAGUGUCGCGAACACGGGGGUGCGUGUUAAACUAACGAAAAGCAACGUCUCGAAACCCGUGACCCGUCUUCAUUUUCAGGCAUGACCGAGGACGGUGUCGGAGGAUGACAUUGGCGUAUUUGUACGCGUCGGCGAACGGUGUAACGCGGCACGUUUCGUGCUCGAUUCGAUUGUUAUUGACGCGAGGGUUGGUCGCGCGGCCAUGCCAGUGGUCGGGUCAACGAUAUAGUCGCCAGAUGGCGUGGCGUUCGUCUCGAUUCACCCUGCCUGCGCUGGAAUGCCCACGGCGAGGUGCUUGUCGACGUUGUCGUCUUUCGUUGGAUCUUUUUUCCACGCCACGAUCAGGUGACCGGCUCGUGAACGUUUUCGUUGCCUGCUUACCGAUCCCUCGACCGUUAACGAUCACCCUUGAACGGACGCGCGACCCCGGAAACGGAUGUUAGAAACGGAUGCGCCAGGCGGGUGGUCCACUUUACACGUACGGAAGGUGGUGUGUUGUGUUGUGCACUAGAAGGCGGUUCCAGCGCGCUCCCUUCGACCCUAUCGAACCGUCCAUUCGUACGGACGGUGUAAUUUCGUCGCGGAACCGUGGGAAAAGUCGUGUGUCGCGGUGUCGCGUUGCGAACAUCGUUUACAAGCCCCGUGGAAAGGUGGAACGGUGGUGUUGGGACGAUCGAGUCGAGGCGGAACACGGGAGUGUCGUCCACCAUUUUGGCUGCGCGAGGUUACUCGAUGCGUGCACCGUUCUCUCAGCACGUUCGCUAUUUUCGCCCCUGGCCUCGCGGAGUAUCGUUCGCAAUGCGCGUUGCGUUCACGGCCGAUUUAAAAUACCACAGUGGACAGUGCCUGGAAACGGUGACUAGUUAAAAAUGGUCCCCUAAAACCCUCGUUUAAAUGGAGCAAGGCGAGGGCUGUUUUCCUCGUCGCAACCCCGAAGCUGUCAGCUGGUCGUGAGCGGCACCGUUGGAAAUUGACCCAGAGAUACUCACCCACUAACCCACGGGGUCUACACGCAUCGAGAAAACGACACGGACCCCAUCGAGGAUCUAAGAAUCGUGUCUAACAGGGAAUAAACGAAGUGGCUGGAAAGUGGGUUACCGUGAGUGUCGUCCCUGCUGGUCGAGAAGCAAGAUUCGAUUCCCGUGACCGUGUUUAGAACCUUUACAGCCUACCCGAGGGACAAUCGUCCAGCUGAUCGUCGGUAACGUGAAACCUGAGGUGUCGGGGGGUUAACACCUCGAGUGCCGUUAACCCCCUUUGCGUGACCACCUCGCGGCGGAGAACUUUCCGUCGCGAUUCCUCCGCGGGAGAUCACGAUCGACCUGAAAGAGAGACUACUGUGAACAGCUAGACCCGCGAGUAGGUUAGGCCGCCACCCCUAAAUCUGACGUUUAAACGGACCAAGGUGAUGGCUGUUUUCCUCGUAUCAGCUGUGAAAAUUGACCCCAGACAUUCUCAGCCACUCAAUGAUCCAGAUCCGCACGCAUGAGAAACCUACGAUUCACGGAUCUAAUGAUAACAAACGUCUCUGGAAAGUGGGUUACAGCGAACGUCGUCCCUGCUAGGCGAGAAACAAAAUAUAUUUUCUGGUGUUUGGGGCACUCGCAGCAUAAUUGGGGGCAUAUCGUGGGUCCAGCUGAUCGCAAUAACGAGUUGAGUCGGGGUUAACACCUCGAGUGCCGUUAACCCCGUUCGCGUGGCCACCUCGCGGGGGAGGGCCUUCCGUCUCGAUUUCUCCGCGAGGCUCGCGCGUGCAUGAGAUGAACGGCGCGAUCCAGGAUCGGGCCGCCGACGGUGCAGCCCCAGGAAACGAUGCCCUCGAGCACGACGAGACGCGGGAAACUAUUAAGACUGUCAUGAGUCAUCGAGUCGCGUUGGUGCAAAUUGGAGUGCACGGUUAGAUCAUCACAUCACAUCACAUGGUUCAUGGGCAGGCAGGACUGUGUAUUGUUAGCAGUGUGAGUCUCUGAAUGGAAUCACGGGUUGGGAUAUUCGGGUGGACCAUUAGUGAACGCGAUGGAUGGGUAUGCGUGACUGUGCACUGUGAUACACUGGUAGUUUGAGUGUUUGGACCGGAAAGAGUAGUUGGGAUGUUCGAGUGUAUCGUCGGUGAAUGGUCGGUUAUAUCGUCGGUUAUGGGAGCGUGAACCCCCUAAACGGAAUGACGACUUGUAACGUCGAUGUGGACCACCAUUGAACAGUUCGGAUGGGUAGGUUCAACUGUAUACUGUGUUCACUGUGAGUUUCUGAACAAAAUAACGGUUUGGAACGUCGACGUGGACCACCAGUGAAUACUUUGGAUGGUUGCGACGGUUUGAGGCGGACGAUCUGUGAACGCGUUGGAUGGGCAGUCCAGUGAACUCGGUGAACUCUAUUUCCGAGUGAGUGAUUGUCGAGGGAUCGCGGGUGAACGAUCGAGGCAUUCGCGCGGACAGGCCGCGAUGGAGACUAAGUGACUUUUUUCCCGAAUAUCGUCGCCUAUCCCCCUUUUCCCACGGGAUGGGAUCCUCUAGAUUAGUCCUAGAUGUUUCGUGCGAUUUGUCGUUCAAGUGAACUGGUUCGGUGUGCUCGAUCAGUGCUCCGAGUGUGUGCCGUUUUCGUCGACGGUUUGACGAGGAUUACGCGUGCUGCGCAACUUGCUCUGGCCACGUCCAAAUAAUUCUUGGCAUGCGUAGGCCGAAGGAGGAAGCGGGGGGCGAGCUGAACAGGACCGAGGAGCAUGGCGUAGUGCUCGUUUCGGGGGUUGCUAGCAGAUCAAAGGACGCGAAAGAGGGUCUGGCCGCUCUCGAGCGAUUCGAGGGCCGGUGAGCAUCGCGACGGGGCGAGCAACCCCGUUGCCUCGGCCAACGUCUAACAACCCUCCCGUCUGUCGCCGUCGACGAACAACAGAACAGAUGUCCUGACAGCGGGCCCCGGGCCACCAGGAUGCCGACAGACGACGACUAUGGCCGAAGAGAACGUCUCCUACUGCACCAACACCCGAUCUCUCAGUACGGGUCCUCGUCAUCACCGGUUCCAGGAUCGAACGCUGGCCAAUCCGGAAGCGUCGGUUCCCAGAUCGGUUCCAGCAAUUCCUCGGACUGCUACAAGCAACAACAACAGCAGCAGCAACAGCAACAGCAAACGGAUCUACGUUCCAGCACGAACGUCUCGGGCGUAUCUAACCAAGAUCGUUAUCAGUCUGAGCAACAAAGCCAAGGAAACGAGCACGUCGAUUAUGGCAGCCGGGAGCGAAUGUCUGGCAUCGAUCGUUACGACAAGUCGACGGACAAGCCGUCGAUCGACGAUUUCCCCAAGUCCUGCACGGAAACGCGUUCGAUACAGUCGAGCUGCGACCGAUUCGGUCACUAUCAGAACCAGGAGCGAUUCGGCCAGUCCUCCCUGCAGGCACACCAUCAGUACACCCCGGCCAGAUCGGCCAGUUCCGGUCAACAAUUGUCCCAAAACGUUCUGGCCGAGCGUUUUCCACGAUACAACGAGCUCGGCGGUCUCCACGGCGAGCAACGACUAUCCCUUGCCCAGAAUGACCGCUUUCAGCAGACCACGAACACCAGCAACGAGCUGGUGUCCACAGGAAACGAGUACGCGAACGCCAACAUCUUGGUGUCAGGCUGCGCGACGAGUCCUUUCUCGUCAGAGACGUUCCCCUCUCCGCCAUCGCCGGCGCCAGCGAACGAUCGUUUCGUGCCACCGCCACCUCUGUCGCCCAGCCCGAGCGAGAAGUAUGCCUCGACUCAGAGUCUGGCUGGUUAUCCUGCUGCUGAUAGGCUUCUGCCCCCAGGUUCUCCAAGCACCAGAUACGGCGGGGGUACAGCGCCAGCCUCCCCGAUGCCAGCUAAAGAACGAUUCACCUCGGCGGAGCGACUACUGGGUAAUCAGCAAUCGUCGAGCGGCAUGCACGAGUCCAAGGAUCAGCAACGAUACGCUGGGGCCAGCGACCGCCUGUUGUCCGGCUCAUCGCCGGUGCUUGGAAGCCUUCAGGUCGGCCUACAAGGCGACAGGAGCGUAUACACCACUGGCAAGGACGCCGGUGGCUCGCGAUACGGCGCCAUCUCCACGGACAGACUCCUCUCUUCGUCGCCUAUACACGCCCCGGUGCCAGAGAGGUUCGCGAGCAAGUCGACGGACCGUUACCUCGGCGAGUCGCCGGUCUACGAACGAUACCAUCGCCAGGAAACGGCGUCGGGGGUUCAUCACGAUCGUUACACGACGAUAUCAUCGAGCACCGAGAGAUUCCUCUCGAGCUCACCGAAUCCCGAGGCCUCCCAUCAGCGAUACUCGACGACGGAAAGGUCACUGCAAGUGGCGUCCAACAUCAACGAGCAGAGACGCAUGUACGCCGAUCGGGCCGUCGAGACGGUGUGCCAGAAGUAUACCGAUCGAUCCAGCGGAUCCCCGGCGCCUACCGAUUUCAGUCGAUACUCCAGUUUCCAAGAAGUGGGGAACAGUCAGUCCAGGUACAUCGCUAACAGCGAUCGGUUCAGCGACACGAUGCAACGAUGCGGCCAGUCGCGAUCCAACGACAGGUUCUGCGUGCCUACCGACCGCUAUCUUGCCAGUUCAUCGCCAGGCCACGACGCGAGACUGGCUACCAGCGAGGCGACCAGGUACGCCGUCUCGGGAUCCUCCACCGAACGGUUGCUCUCCACGACGUCCUCAUCAUCCUCCUCCUCCACCGACACCGUUGCUCGGUACCACUCGUCCUACGCGAACACGGCCGCCACGCAGUCGUCCACGUCCAACGACCGUUUCACUUCGAUCUCGCCGACACCCGAGACUCAAAACAAUAGUCUCAGGUCGAGCACAGGUGCCACGGGCGGUUCAAGUAGCUCCAGUUAUCAAAGUACGACAAAAACGGCCGUGGACAAAUAUCUUCAGGUGUCGAAGUCUGUUCAGAGCUAUAGUACCGAUCGUUAUAACGUGGGGAAUCCCAACGAUCAGUUCGACAGACUCAGCCAAGAUCGCUACGACAGGUUUUCCAGUCCUGUUACCAAUACCACCGAUCGGUUCGUGUCUUCGACCGCCACUUCUGAUCGCUUUCAUUCCGCCGCUGAUCGAUAUUCUCCUGCGCGUGCCGCGGACAAGUACCUGUCCCUGCCAAAGCCGAAGGAUCGGUACACCGGUCGCAUAACGCCUAUCUCCUCGUGCGGGACCUCCGUGGCCGUCACGUCGACCGAUCGAACCUACAGCUCGUCCACGGCGACCGGAAGCUACGUUCCGCCAACCGCGCACACACCUGUCGAACGCUACGUGCCUCAACCACCCCCGGAGGUCCUCUAUCCGGACAGAUACGUCGACAGAUACGUGCCGCCAUCCGCGCACACACCCACGGAUCGUUACGUGCCCACCAACGAUCCAGGCGAUCCAUAUAUGAGACGAGAUUUGGGAUUCCAUCAUCAUUAUCGGCUACCACCACCCGCCGGAUACCCGUACCAUCAAUCGCACUUCCGGUUACGCAGUUUCGCCUAUGCGUCGCCCGGUCGUCUGGGAGGCAGUCCUGGAUCUAGCAGCUCCAGCAGCUCCGCGUCCAAUCAGAGGGAUGGUUUCUCCAUGUCGCCGUUGCUUAGGCCGAAGGUGCGAGCUUCCGCGGUCGAGUUCCCGACCGCGUCCAACGGUGUCGUUCGCCACGUGUGCACCAAUCCUCCAUCUUGCUGCAACGAGGUCUCGGGAAGCGGAAGAACGUGCUGCCAGGCCAUCAGGAGAUCGCUGCCGCCGGGGGCGCUAUCGUCGAUACCAACACAGACUUCUUGGCAACCAUCGCCAGGAUCCGGUACAACCGGCACGUCGACGGUCACGUCGAAUGGUCCCGAUGGAGAGAAUAGCCAGAGCAUCAGUUUGUACCCGGUGGGAAGCGCUGGCUCGGCACCGACGAACGCAGCAACAGCUACGACGAUCACGACGACAGCAACGGUGCCAUCGGUCACGACUGGCACCGUUGCUGGCACAGGAUCCGGAUCCAACAUCACGAGAAGCGUGUCAGCGCCCAUCCCACCGAGACCAGUUGUUCAGGUGACCAGCUCCGCCAGCGUCCUUGGAUCCCAGAGGCCCAGGUUGAGGAGAAACAUGAGUCACUCCGAAGCUAUCAGGAACUACAUCAGACGCGAAACAGCACAAUUCUUCGGCGUGGACGAGGAGUCCGAGGCCUUGGAGAGACAAAGAUGGCUGGAUCGACGACGGAGAAUGGCAUCGAGGAAGUAUGGCGCCCUUGUUCCGGAACACAGACCACCGGAUCCUGAUAUUACAAGGGACGUGCCAGAUACCACGGAUGUGCCGGUGGGUGUUACACUGAGAAGAUGGCAGCAACCAGUCAGACGGAAAGAUUCUGUGGCUAGAAUGACGCUUUCUGGUCUUCAUUACGUCGUCGAGUCCCUGACGAAACAACGGCCCAGAGAGAGAUCGCAGACCAAACCCGAGUCGCGGAGCUUCCCACCGAGCGUAAUGGCCUACAUGUCGAGGACGGAGACGACGUCGUCCCCGGAAAGCGGCCAGGACGAGGAGAGGUCCUUCUUCGACAGGCCUCCGCCAACCCCGCAGCCGAUACCGCCCCCACCGCCGCCACAGCAAUCGAAAACGCAGAUCGAGCAGGGCGUAAAUGGACUGGCCAAGGACGAAGAGGACAGCGCGAAGGUCGCGGAUCUGCUCGAGCCUGCGGGCGAGCGGGGAACAUCCGAGGAACUGGUCAGGUUUGCACCGCAGAAAGAUGAGAGGACGGCGAUUGACGGACAGGUCAGAAGACCUCGUCACAUCUCGAGGGACCAUUACAUUUCAAGAGAUUACAGAAAAACGAGUUGGAGCAGGUCGGGGUACGACGCACCCGUGGGCGAGAGCACGAGGGCGCAGCAGGAAGAAGGGGUGACUCUCAGGAGGGAUUUGAAUGGGGGUACAAGGAUUUCUCCAAGCACCAUCGAUCGAAUAUUCGACAACAGUAAUAGGAGACAGUAUGGCAUGGGAAUUGUUGGCAGAUUCUUCGGAAGAUCAUUUCGAAAAAGUGUUUCUCAGAAGCCAGAUGUAAGAAAGCAGCUGGAUGACUUCGAAGACCAUCGGCCAUACUUUACGUAUUGGAUCACCACCGUUCAAGUGCUCAUUUUGAUAAUAUCUUUAGCGUGUUAUGGUUUCGGGCCCCUGGGCAUGGAUCUUAGUCACAGAUCGGGACUGGUUCUUGUGACGAGUCUGUCGCUGCAGCAAGUGGACUACCAGGAACCAGCGAAUUUCUGGUUUGGUCCGCGAGCCGCGGAUUUGAUUCACCUGGGCGCGAAAUUCGCGCCGUGUAUGCGUCGCGAUAUUAAAAUUCUGAAGGAGAUCGACGUCUGGCGGGAAAGAGAACGCGACACUGCCUGCUGCAUCAGAAACGACGACUCCGGCUGCGUGCAGUCUAGUAAAGCGGAUUGCUCUAACACGAUAUCGACCUGGAAAAAAUGGGGACCUGGGGACAGCGGACCCGGUGGUCGCAUAAGCGGAUCUGUUUGCGGGUUGGAUCCGAAGUUUUGCGAUGCGCCAGCAAGUAUAGCGCCGUACGAGUGGCCAGACGACAUCACCAAAUGGCCCAUCUGUCGGAAGACUAAUCCCUUCAAUCAACGUUUCAGUAGAAACGGGAGUCAACGAGGGAGUGCAAACUUCCCAGUGGGUCGUUAUAAAGACAAGAUGGCGGAGCACAUGGUGUGCGAGGUGAUCGGUCAUCCCUGUUGCAUCGGUAUCCACGGGAUGUGCCGAAUCACCACGAAGGAGUACUGCGACUUCGUGCAUGGGUACUUCCACGAAGAGGCGUCGCUCUGUUCCCAGGUCGAGUGUUUGCACGACGUCUGCGGCAUGAUUCCCUUUCUUCAUCCUGAGUGGCCGGAUCAGUUCUACAGGCUUUUCACCACCACUUUUCUUCACGCCGGGAUUCUUCACUUAUCCAUCACAAUAAUGGUUCAGUAUUUCUUGAUGCGAGACUUGGAGAAACUGACGGGCUCGCUACGUAUCGCGCUGAUCUACUUUACCGGGGCUCUAGCUGGGAACUUGGCCAGUGCCAUAUUCAUUCCUUAUAGAGCGGAGGUCGGGCCAGCAGGCGCGCACUUCGCCCUACUGGCGACCCUAAUCGUCGAAGUCCUGCACUGUUGGCCAAUGCUAAAGCACCCUCGACGAGCCCUGACGAAGUUGAUCUCCAUCCUACUGGGCCUGCUCGUUCUGGGUAUACUGCCAUGGGUGGACAACUACGCCCACCUCUUCGGGUUCAUCUUUGGCUUUCUAGCCGCGUACGCCCUGAUGCCUUUCAUUUCGUUCGGCCACUACGAUCGUCGUCGCAAGGUCUGGCUGAUCUGGAUCUGUCUGAUCCUCAUCGUGGUCCUCUUCACCCUCCUCCUAACCCUGUUCUACAACGUGCCGGUGUACGAGUGCGAGGUCUGCAAGCUGUUCAACUGCAUCCCGUUCACGCGCGACUUUUGCGCCUCGCAGAACAUCAACUUCAAGCGUGAGGAGCCCGUAUGACACACGGGGCCGUGCUUCGAAGUCGAAUUCGAAACAUCUUACCGCGUCGGCCAGGAUCUGGAACGAUCCUGGCUGUGGCAGCCGAUCGUCUUGGCUCUGCUGUGGGACUCGAAGAUCACCUGGUGACUCCUCGACUCGCGCGAGGGUCGAGCCGAAGGGUUCGAACGCACGUCUCCUCAGUUGUCGGCCGACGAACCUGGAAGAACUCGUAUUCGCCCGCCCGGACGAACGACAUUGCCUUAAAGAUUAAAUAAAGCCCAGGACCCCUCCGGGGACCUGCGAGUGCCGACCUGACUUCGUGGUCCUCGGUGUGGCAUGUAAAUAUUAGAAACAACCGCGCCUUUACCGUAAGCGACCAUCGUCCCCUGGGGCGAUCGUGUCCUCGACGACUCUGUCGUUUCUAGGCGACGAACGGACAGAGAGAGCCUCAAUACAAACUACCCCGAUCGAGUGGACGCGAUCGAUCACCCUCCAGGGGAGAGGGCGAGGCUCCGUUCUGAUACGUGGUUCGAUAGAACGAAGACGGGACGGAGCGGACACGUGUACAUAGCCAAAGAAAACGAAGGAACUCUUGUUACAUAUACAUAUACAUACGUACGAACAUAAGGAACGACCUUAAUAAGUUUAAAUUUUAGAGGGAAAACCGAUCACGCGAACAAUGUUGAAAGUGUUGCACGUCUUUCGUCUUCUGCGCGACGCAGCAACCCCCUGUACCUCCGACGUCGGAACUAUCUGUGAUGGGCCACGCGGUUGUCUUCGAAGAAUAUUUUUCAUAAGCCAACGGGUGCAACAUCUAUUGGGGAGAGGGGAGAUCAUCCACCACGCGAAUCGGACGAGCUUUAAUUUUAAGGUCGGGGUAAGGGACUUGGCGAGGAGGGAUAUGGGAAAGUGUUAAACGAUAAGUCUCCGGUGAAACGAAUCAAUUUUUUAUAACGGCGUGAGAGUGAUCGAGAGAGAGAGAGAGAGAGAGAGAGAGAGAGAGAGAGAGAGAGAGAGAAAAGAGAGAGAGUGACGGGAGAGAUAUCAGAACACUUAAUCAAUUUCCAAACCCCCUGUAAAUAAUUAUUCGUAGACGCGAUGGAAUCGGUUUGCGGGGAGGACGACGGGCAAUGGGUAUGCGCGAGGUCAUUCACCCUCUCUUGCACGGAUAUCGUUUCAUCCCUUUGGAUGAAGAAUUCUUCAAGUUAUCUACGUUCAAGUGAUAAUCGAAGCUCUCGGAUAUUUCUAAAAAAAAAAUAUCAGUUCUAGAUCUUAUGAAUCGUAUCAGGUUUUUUAAUUGAAUUCCAUGUGUAUCGUGCAAUGGAGGGUAAGUUAAACGCGGAUUGGGCGAGCAAAUGAAAAAAAACAAAAACAAAAACAAAACAAAGAAACAAACAAAAAGCACUGUGACAUUCGUGAAUGUGUAUUUUAUUAUAACGGGUACGUACAUGUAAGAGAACGUUUUCUGAGCCAGAGGGAGAGCGCGAGUGAGUGAGAGAAUCUGCGUUCGUUCGCGUCACUUUGUCACGCGUGAACGACGAUUAAUAUUUACAAAAUAGCAAUAGCGAUGAUCAUGAUGUGCCACAACGUGGUGGAGAUCGUCGCGAGUGAAAGUGAUUUGAAGUAACCUUACCCGGCGUCGUGUCGAUUUUUGCGAUCUCGUUCUAGUGUAGCAUGCUCGGCGGAGGAAUUUUAUACCUCGUCGAUAUCGGUUCGCUCACCGUGGACACAGACGACACGAGAAAAACGUGCUUUCUAUUUGCGUUUGCGCGAAUGCCAAGUCUUGUGUACGUUCGUGCUUUUGCGGAUCGUUGAUUUUCUCAGCGUCGCGUCGAACGUCUUGGGAAGAAGGAUUUCGUAUGACUUUUCACCCUUCGUGUUCCCUUCACAAUUCCAUCGUUUAUAUUGUGGUACCCUUCGGGUCGAAUUUCGAAUGUGACAAGGAAAGAAAUUUCCGAAAAGGAAACCCAGGAAACUACCAAAAUUGUUGCUUACAAAUGAAAUACACGAGAAAAAGUAACUGAGAGUGCAAUCUACUCAUAGAUUGGAGGCCAGCAUUACAAAUUUUAAUUAAUAUCACGGAGUGGAGAAGACAGUGCUUGUAUCAAGGUAAGACCACGUGUUAUUGGAAUUAAGAAUGUGAGAAUAAUACAUUCCAAAUUAGAUUUUUUCUUUUAUACUUCUUGCUGUGAAAGAUGAUGUGCGUUUGACAAAAACGGCAGACACGAAGGGGUUACAAUCAGACAAUGCUUUGAUCAGAUAGAAACUGAAGCUUCGUUAAAUAUAUUUUGAAUCAGUAUUUUAAAAUGGUAUUUAUUAUUAUUUCGAUACUUAUUGAUUUAUUUCUGUUAUGAAGAUUGGCAAACGUAAGUGUUUAAGAUAACAGUACUUAUUGCAAGAUCUUCAACUUUAUGUUCAACUAUAUUGUAUAGCACGACAGCCUGCUAUAAUAAAUAACAUAAAACAAUAUAAAAAUAUUACAAGAAAGAGAAAAUUGAGGGAAUGAAAAUUCGAGAUGAUUUCUUGAUGGACACAUGCAUCGAAUCCUUCUUCCAAGAACAUUCGUCUAGUUAAUAAGAACAUCAAAAACCUGCUGCGUUGAUUACACUAUGUUAAUAUUUAUAAAUGUAAAGGCAUGGUUUUCUAUCCUCGUACAUGUUGAGCAUGCCACAAAAAACGAGUAACGAAUCAUUAUAUGGGGAUUAUAGUGAUUAUCAUAAUAUUGGCAAUUAACCUUACCACUAUUAACAUAAUUUACAUGGUAAUUACCUCUGCAUAAAUAUAUUACUAAUUGGAGCCACGUGAACGCUAUCUCAUGAGUAUAAACGCACGUUUCUGAAGCAUUAUACCUGCUUAACGAUCCAAUAAUUAACGAUUAUUAAUCGUGUAACCAGUAAACAAUUUUUAUACAUUUCUCUGAAUAUUCGUUGUUGUUGCUUGAGACUACGAAAUUAAAGAAAAAAAAAAAACAGAAAAUACUCCAAUACUCCUUUCUUUUUCGCCAGAAGUGCGCGUAGAAGGAGAAAAUUUGAAAACGGUUUUCGAAAAGGAAAUUUUUACUUUAGGAAUGCAACCGAGGGAUCGAAAGCAUCGUUCGCUUUCAACUUAUCGAUUACGAAGGCUGUAUCGAUCGUUUCUCCCGAUUUAUAUUCGUCGUUUUUUCCUUCUUGCUGUAGAUCAAUAACUUCUUAUAUUAUGGCAGGCGCGACAAUUACGAUAAUUGAAAACCAUGCUCUCGAUGGUGAAACCAGUUCUUCGUAUUUCGACUAAUUCGUCUUUUGUAUUUUGUAUUUUGGACGCGAAUUUCUCAUGCUUCCUUUUAUCUAGUAUUUUUUUACCGUUCGCCAUGCUGCGCACAAGUUUCCGCCACAUACGCCCUUAACGACCAUUUGGCACGAAUUCACGUGGAGACGUGAGAAAAACCACAUUGUAAAACGAUUAAGCGAGAAUUAAUUAAAGGACAGGCCAUGUUCUCGCGGACGGUUUUCUCUUUCGCAAAAAUUGAUUUUAUGUCACAGAGAGGGGGCAGUCUGUUCAUUUUAUCUUUGAUUGAUUUUGAAUCGCAGUAAAAUCACUACUAAACGGAAUUCUCAAUUUAAACCUUCACUUUAAAAAUGUCAAACUUCACCAGAUAAAUCUGGAGUUCAGAGCAUAAAACAGGAUAAAAAUUGUAUGUGAAUCUAAAAUGCUCGGGUUUUUGUUUCUAUAUUAAAAUCUGAUUUGACGUUUAAUGUAUAUAUGUAAUUUAAUUUAUGUAUUUUAUCGUUGAAUAUGAGUGCAAUGAUACAUAAGCAUUAUGCAAAGCUUAUGGUGUACAUAUAUAUCUAUCUAAAGUGACGAAAGAUUAAAAUGACUGGAUAUAAAUAUUUCUAGAUAGGAGUGUAUCUAAAUGUAUCUAAACACUGUGCUCUGAAUUUACCUUUAAGUUAUUGAAGUAUAAUUAAAAUUGCAAAAACUCUUCAAGUUUCUUUACUUUCCCUAAAGAAAUAACAUUCCAAAAAUAAAUGGCACAGUCCACGAUAUUUAAAUUUAAUUUAAAUAAAUCUUGCACCAACCAACUCUGGAGAAUUUUCGACGAAACGCACACACGUUCACAUGCUCGAAAAACUUUCGUUACCUGUUUCUAUCUUCGUCUACUAUAUUUGCGAAAGAGACCUUAGAAUUCCGCGAGAACAAAUCCUUAGGGGCAAUUAUUUGAUCACGCACAUAGUAUUUGUAAUUUGUAUCGAUUGCGCGUGAACGACGAAAGCAACAGUUCCACGUAAAUGCAUCGAAAACACAAACACACUGUAUCAUGAUGUAAAGAUCAGUACUCGACGCAUCGAACCACCAGUAUCACGUAUUCUUAUGCGUUUUUUGUUACUCUGCUGUUGAUUUUCCUGGAGGACACAAUCUUCGUUUUUUAAAUCUCGCCUCGUAACUCGAUAACACGUGACGCUUGAUUUCCAACAUUGACAUCGGCUGGGAAGUUAAAAAAUAAACGCGCCUUUUCAGUGCAUGGUUAUCAGACAUUUUCAAAUGAAAGUUAGCGUUAAUCAUAAUUCACAGGUCGUUCAUUGUGGUUUCGUUUUCGAUGGCAAUAGAUCGUCGAGCACUUGGAUUGGCGUGGAAUUUUAAUUGUUUAACUUCCCAUCUUGUGCACGUACACGCAUCAACAAAUUGGAUUUGAAACUAUACGUCAACGCGCAUUUUACUGGUCGAGGAAAUAGGAAACAGUACAUCCUGAAAUGGAAAGUGUUCACUUGGUAAUUGAACCGUUUCCUACGAAAUUUGUUUGUAUUCGAUUAAUUAAUUAAAACCAUAAGGAAAAUAUAUAUAUCAUGUAAACAAAAUUAAGAACACACAGACAUUGAGCUAUGUUUGUUUACCUAAUUUUCUGUUUCAAUAAUAUUGAAAGAUUUAUUCUCGGAAAAAUGUAGGAACCAACAGAAACUACCCAAAACAUGAAAUUAACAAUUAGCUUCCUUGAAACGUACCAGUGUUUCUCAAAAAAUAGAGUCAUCGCUCGAAAUCUCUGCAUUUUUCUGAAAUAUUCAUUUCGUGGAUGAUGAUUAAAUACAAAAAAUAUGUAUGGUUUCAUUUCGAAGUGGCCAGUAAAAUGCGUCACGUGUCACCGGAUUAUUCCGAUCGUCGCGACGAAUCGUUAUCGUUGCUUGGCGGCGUGCGAAGCGUGAAACUUUGUGAUAAAAGCUGAUUUGAGUGGGCGAGAACGAUGGAUGGGGGAGGGGGGAGUAUGAACGAUGAAAGGGCACCGGGGUUGCGUACAGGAGGACGAUGGGGGGGGGGAGGGUCCAGGACCUUUGAAGACACACACACAACUACCACCACCAUCGACACACUGAAAACUUUUCGGAUUAUAUAAAUAUAUAAAUAUAUAAAUAUGAGUAUAUACACGUAUACAUAAAGUACGAAUUAAGGACCGAGGUGGACCGUGGCGAUUGUCGACGAGCAACAUAUUGUUAUUAUUGUAAAUGUGUCAUAUACAGGUAAUAGCAUGCCAUACGAAGAAAAAAAAAACCAGCGGAGGGAACGAGUAAAAUUCGAGAAUACCUUCGAUAUUUCCAUACCGAUCACGGCGAGGUGGAAUGUCGUCUUUCGCCGCGGGGACGAUGAGAUGUUGACUGCGUUUACGUUUGCCACCCCUUAGGAAAGAGAGAUAUCGUGGAGUGGACCGCGAGUGUGCAGGUGACGGGUCAAAUAAUGUCGAAUCGUUGCGCUCGGUAUUCCUCUCGUUUUCCUGCUAUUCAGUCAAUGAAUACUUCGGUAAAAUAAUACAUGCUUGGAUCGCGUCGUGAGAUUAGAUUUUGGUCUCUUUAAAUAUUAAGCUACCGAAUUUGAAGAUUGGUACCUAGAAACUGAUUCAAAUUUGUUCAAUAGUUUGACUGGAUUUAAUUAAAUAGAAAAUACAUUUGACUUCUUGUUUCAAAGUCAACCUUUCAAAGUACUUAACAUUUUAUUCUCUCAAAAAUCGGCUUCGAAAUUCAACUAAAAUAGAAUUCAUAUUUCCUUCGAUGAAAAGCAAACCUUCGAACGAAGUUCAACGAAAAUUGUUCGUAAAUUAGUGAAACUAGAACACUCGCGAUCCUAGUCGCUACGGAAUCCUCUCUCCCGAGGCGGGGUAUCGUCCAAAAGUGCUUAACGACGUUUAAUCCGAAAGAGAACCAUCCGACGUAGAGAUUGUGUUUGUUUGACGUACUCGUUUGAGCAACUCGAUUAGUCCCUCGACAAAGAGGCAGCUAAAAAAGUACGCGCGAGUUUCCCCGAUCUACUUUGUCGACGCGUGGAACGAUUCACAUGUAACAACGGAGGUCCUCUCGACGAUUCGCUCUCGAUCCGUCGCGAAGAGGAUAUAACUGAGCAUACAAAAACGUGAGAAUAAAUACUAACAAAGGUAAAGUGGUAUAAAGCGCGCACCAAAUGAUGAAAAUAAUAAUAAUAAUUAAAAAAAAAAAAAUGAAGUAUAAAAACGUAACGAUGUCUUGUAAAUAAACGUAUGCGUCGAAAAUGGACCAAGGACCUAAAUAGUGCAGCUCGUGUAAAAUUGAUAUCCCGAUCUCGCUAUCACGUAGACGAGCUCGGCUGGUAGGAUCGUUAAGUAAAGCUACAAUUUAUCCUAACGUUGCACGAAGCGGCGUGAAAUGCAUCCUUGACGCGGUCAGGUAGACCCCAGGUCCGAGGAAUCGUCGCGAAGAUCGAGCGUUCGAGAUGCUCUGCCUCGAGGAGCAUCGACAGAUCAGCGUUCGAGACGAUUCAUGGACGAUCGGCCGAUCGUUAGAUCGAUGCGUUAGGGACGAAGUGACUUUUCCGAUAGCCAGGAUAUAUCGACGCGACUGUUUUGCGUUCGCGCGGGAUCGUAAAAAGUAUUGUAGGCUUUCAGGUUUAUUUAUUUCAGUGUUGAUAUGGAGGAAUUAUUCGGGAAAGAUUUUGAGUCACAAUUAUAUUAGUUUGCGAUCAGAAUGACUGUAGGCAUUAUUAGCGAACGUAGACUGGGCGAUAAGAGUCGUUGUACUGUUUCGAAAAUCAGUCUCCUUUCGAUUCCAUUCCAGUCUCCUUUAAUUUCGUUCAUAUUUGAAUAACGGUGAUAAUGAAUUAAUCGAUGGUGUUCAGAAAAAUACUUUUGAGAAUUGUCCUCAAAACUCUAGAUAGUGGUCUAACUCACAUUUAGAAAUACCUUUCAUUUUAAAGACCUCAAUCCAGUUACGAAUACCGUAUCUGGGAAAUAGCAUUUGCUCGCACAAGAAUGAUUUUAAUCGGUCACCGGAAUUUUUGUGCGCGAUUUUAGCGCUUAAACAAUGUCGACAGAACUCUGGGCUAGAAUCGCCAGGCACCAAAAGCUUAUUUAAUCCCCUCAUGUCGGCUGCUAUCGACAGCUUUUAAUUGAAACCAGCUCCGCGUACCUACUCGACGAACGUUUCCCGUUAACGAAUACGAAUUUUUUUUUUCUAGCAAUUAACAGUUUUACUUUGAGCAAACUUCGUUGCACACAUAGGGGAUAAUCCACGCGUGAUUAGUAUCCGAAACGAGAUACGAAAGGAAACAUCGAUACUGUUCAUGAAAAAUAAGAUAUUUAAUUUUGUAGAAAUUACUAACUUCGUUAGGCUAGACAAAGGCCAACGCUUUCCGCGGAUCAAUAUUAGUAUUUUUCAGAAAGCAUAUUUUCAUCAUUUUCGACUCUUCCAGUGAAAUGUUUUUCCUAAUUUUGAAAUUCGUGAUGUACUUCAUCGGACAACUUAGAGACUAUUUACAUUUCCCACUGUAAAAAGACAUUAAGAAACAAUCCACAUUAUCGUGUUACUAACAAAUCUCUGUCACAGAAUUGUGUGUUCAUAUAGUUCGUAAGAGACGUCAUUUCUAAUUUUGAAAAAUUAGAGAGGUACCUCAUCAGGCCUAGUGAAGGUCGUCUACGUCAUCCAUUGUAAAAAAAGCAUUCUGAAAUUCAUCAACACAUUCAAUUUGUUCAUUCGGUUCACAAGAUAGGUACAAUCUAAUAAAAAAGAAAAAAGUUGAAACCUUCACCUUCGAUAAUAAGGCUCGUCUGCAUUUGUAAAAAGACAUUACAAAAAUAGUCUGGACUACUAUACGAGAGUCACUGCUCCCAAAAAACUAUUCGAUACAUAAAAAAGGUCAUGCAUCUAAUCUUGAAGAAAGUCGUCCACGUCGUCCAUUGUAAAAAGACAUUAGGGUAACAAUCGACACCACCAAUGUACAAGAACCUGCCCUUCCACGAAGAGUCCGCGUUCACCAAACUUCCGAAGCGUUAAAAAAAAGAAAAUUUGAACGAAUAUAUCUGAUCAAAGCUAAAAAAAGAAAAACGAUGUUCGCAGAGAGGAUUAGGUUUCGCUCGAGGCAGAGGCUUGCUUUUCGCGACGAUCGCUGUACCCUGGUUCCUGGAUCGUCGUCGAGGCUCCAGUCCGGAGACAGAGCGAAUCCAUGCGAGAGCAAUUUAUUCUAAUGACAGUCCUCGAUCCCCUUUUAUAUAUAUACAUACAUACUUUAAGAAGAUUCCACCACAGCCGCGCGGUAUUAUUUUUCUGUAUCCCUGUAUCUAUAAUGAGUGAUAUAAGCAUUAAACGAUGGACUUAAGGGUUACGAGUAAUACGACUGUACUAUUAACGAUUAUUAUGAUUACUUCGCCAGUUUUGUUUCCAUCUAGUAAUCGGUAAGGUUUUCGAUUACGAUUAUUAUUACUGAUCAUAAACGAUGCAUUGUAAUUGUCGCUGUUAUAUACAAUACAUACAUACGUGCGUAUAGGCAUACGGUAUGUGCACGCGUGCGGACGCGCGCGCGCGCGUCUGGUGCACAUACGUACGCGUAUAUAAGUCUCUUGAACAACAUAUUAAUUUAAUAACAAUAAAGAAAACGUGAAACUCAUCUCCUGGAUGUGUUUUUUUUUGUGUCUGUUUCGCAGAUGCCUCGAAGCGGAGGUGGGCAAAAUUUAAUUAAAUAAUUUGAAUUUCGAGUAAACACUGAAAGUAUUUUAAUAUUUCGGUAGUUCAUAGUGGACAGAAAUUUAAUCGGUCAGUGCAAUAAACAUUCUAGUUUGCUUCAGUGCUCUAUUGUUUAAAUAAAGUUUCGUUCAUCUCUGCCGGAGGCUCAUUGAUUUUUUAUUUUUUUACGUAAGAUUCUCUAGGAGAUCGAUUUUGACUGUUUUCUUUCAAUUUAUGUUUACUUUGAAUUUUAUUUAGGUAUUAAUUCGCGCAGUGCGAUAUUGAUUGUUAUAUUAUUUCUUUGGAUGUAUUUAGUAUGAUAUUUAUUGUUUCGUUGGCCCUGUUGUAUAAUUUAUGGUUGGUUAUAUUGUAAUUUUUUAUUUUUGUAAUCGGUGCUUUUUUAGUUUUGGUGAGUUCAUGGACUAGGGAUUUGAUCAAUAAAGAUUUCAAGUAUACGUUGCAUGUUUUUAAUACUUUGUAAGAACAUAGAUUUUUUAUUAUUACUACAAAACGUAAUAUUUUCUACUUCUUUUUUUUCAAAAGUCUUAAUAGCGAAAUCAAUAAAUAUAUAUUAUCGAAUACUUUAUUUUAAUAUAUAGUGAAUGAUAGCAUUAGCAAUUGGAUUGGUUUUCCAGUUGGUUCGGUGCUGAAACGUUAGAUGGCAGAACCAUUACGUUUCGACGUAGGUCAGCAUCACUAUAGAACCAAUCACAUGGCAGGGUUAAAAAACGAAGAAAAUAUAUUUUUUUAAUUCAUUAUGUUAAGUUGCAGAAACUUGUCAUUUACAGUGGGUGUUCCAAACACAAACUAUUAAGGACAUUGGCCAAUACGAUGACAGUGUCCUUGUUUUCCAUAUGUAUACACUUUUCCACACUUUAAAUGAAUUCAGCUUUCGUAUAUGUAUGUGGACAUUUUCUUCAGCAUAUUGUAUAGCUUUUCUUUUCUUAUAGAUCGGAGACUAAAUCACCUACGAAUUUCCAUCACCUUUCAAGUUUCCUUCGUCGCAACAGCUUUUGGUUUCAAUUUAUCUUCAUCGUAAUUCCUAUUGGCUUCAAUCUGUCCUCGUCGCGGUGUUUUCCAGCAUCAAUUCGUCUUCGUUAAAGUUAAGGUGUG